AGAUAACAACAAGGGGGCCAGGCUUGGCGCUGUGAACAUCAGGGUGUGCGAGCUAUCCGUCCGUCCGCCCGCCCGUCCGUCCGUCCGCCCGCCCGUCCGUCCGUCCGUCCGUCCGUCCGUCCAUCCAUCCACCCAUCCACCCAUCCAUCCCGCGAAGGGUACGAGCGCCACCCGUGGGGCCUGAAGCGCGCCCCGCCUCCCGUGCCUCCUUCCCCCGCGACGCGCUGCGCUCCGCGCCGUUCCAGGAGCAGGACGCCGAUCGAACCCACCGCCCAGGCGGGCAGGCAAGCUCGCCUUCGCUCAGUGAGCUCCCGGGGCUCGGGCUCGGUUUCAGUGUCUCCGCCUCUUCUCCCGCCCCCUUUUCGGAUGCUCGGGGCACCCGGAUGGAUUGAGUAAGCCUAGCCUUGGCCACCUCCUCCUCCCGGCUUAACUUGCUCAAACUUCCUUGGCCGGGGCCGGAGCGCCGCCGCCGCCGCCCCCGCGGGUAGAUCUGAAGCCGUCCUGGGCACUGAGAAGUGACGUGACUUGCCUUGGGUCACAAAGCUGGCCCUGUUUGCCAGAAGAUGCACUAUUACAGAUAUUCUAAUGCUGAAGUCAGCUGUUGGUACAAGUAUCUUCUGUUCAGCUACAACAUUGUCUUCUGGUUAGCUGGAGUUGUUUUUCUUGCUGUUGGACUCUGGGCAUGGAGCGAGAAGGGCGUGCUCUCAGACCUGACCAAAGUGACUCGUCUCCAUGGUGUGGAUCCUGUCGUGCUGGUCCUGAUGGUGGGAGUGGUGAUGUUCACUUUGGGCUUCGCUGGUUGUGUGGGGGCCCUGAGGGAAAACAUCUGCCUCUUACAGUUUUUCUGUGGGGCUAUUGUGCUGAUAUUUUUCCUGGAGCUGGCGGUGGCUGUGUUGGCCUUCCUGUUCCAGGACUGGGUGAGGGACAGAUUCAAGGAGUUCUUCGAGAUCAAUAUCAGGUCUUACCGAGAUGACAUCGAUCUGCAGAACCUUAUUGACUCCCUGCAGAAAGCUAACCAAUGCUGUGGGGCUUAUGGCCCUGAAGACUGGGACCUCAAUGUUUACUUUAAUUGUAGUGGAGAAAGCUACAGCAGAGAAAAAUGUGGUGUCCCGUUUUCUUGCUGCGUACCAGAUCCUGCACAAAAAGUUGUGAACACACAGUGUGGAUAUGAUGUCAGGACUAUGACAAAGAACAAAUGGGAUGAAUCCAUCUUUACCAAAGGCUGUAUCCCUGCUUUGGAGGGCUGGCUGCCCCGGAACAUUUACAUAGUGGCGGGCAUUUUCAUCGCUGUCUCCUUACUACAGAUAUUUGGCAUCUUCCUGGCCCGGACCCUGAUUUCGGACAUUGAGGCUGUGAAGGCUGGCCAUCACUUCUGAAGAUAAAACCCCGACCCCAGCUGUGAAAGGGAAUCCAUUUCACUGUCAUUAACUUUGCAUCAAGAUGGAAAGAAAUCGACAAGCUGGACUGAGAGCCCUCAGCUGCCUCUCUACUACCCUUUCCCUCCGAAUUAAGCCUUCUUUUGGCCAUCGGUUGGAUAUUAACUCUUGUUUCUGCUUCCCGCUGGUGCAGAAGGAAGAGGGGACACUAAACAAAGCUCAGAAGGCCUGAAGAGACCAUCAGUGCUUUCUUUCCAGUGGUGGUCGGGACCAGGGGAGGGGUGGGUAUUGUGACCUAGAAGCCGAAAAGUUGUGAUAUGAAACAUGAGAGGGAAGACCUGAGAGACUCCAGCAAGCCCAAGUCUGGGCCUAUUCAAGCAUCGUCUCAGUGUCGAUGUUUGCAGGUUAUCACUGUCUUAGAGCCUAGCUUUCUUGGCUCCCAGUUAUUGUAAUCUGAAUUUCUCCUUUGUUUCACUGGUGCUUACCUGGCUGGAUAGAGAAAAUCCAGCACUGGGAAGACACAAAUACAUAGAGAAGUCUCUGUUCUGUCUCAGUGACACCCAUCAUGAAGAAGUGGAAUUGCUUCCUGGGUAUCUUGAUUUUCUAAAGGGAAUCCCAGGGUGAGAGAGAGAGAGAGAGAGAGAGAGAGAGAGAGAGAGAGAGAGAGAGAGAGAGAGAGAGAGAGAGAGAGAGAGAGAGAGAGAGAGGAGAGAGGAGAGAGGAGAGAAAAAGAGGAAAGCUAGGAGAGGGAGAGACUGUGUGUGUGUUUACACAUAUGAAUUUAACUGGGUGCCAAGAUAAUCUGAAUCAAAGAGAGCUUGGAACUUCAACUGUGCAGAAGUCCUAGUGACCCUGAGCCAAUGUAGAUACUUUAGUUAAAAAGAAAUUUCUUAGCCUGCUGCACCCCUGAGAGAAGCCUCUAAAAGGCAGAGCCUCCUUGAAUGCUCUCCCUAAGGCUUUUUUAAGGGCAGAAGCCAUCUUCUUUCCUUCCAGUAGCAUUAUGUUCCAAAGGCAUUUGGGGGGGAGGUCUCUGGGUUGGGUUUUCCUUUAAUAUGCCUCAUCAUUGUCUCAAAGUUUGUAAAUAGUUUUAUUUAUCAGGGUAAACACUCAGGUCCUCCUGAAUCCAGGGCCGGUGCUUUAUCCACUGCGCCACCUAGCUGCCCCAUAGUGACUCUUUUAAGACUGCAAUUUGGAGAGAAGGUGCUGAUGUGCUUUGGUAGAGGGAUUUCAACACCUGGGAGUUCUCUAUGCCAAUUCACUCCCUAGUUCUAGUCUUUAUCAGCUUGACAACAUUAGCUGGACCGAGGCCAUUUUUAAAAGAGUUUAUCUGGGAAUUUUCUUGACUAAUACUCCUGAAGAUACUCGGUAACUUGGCUUGAAAAACCACAUUCCCCUUAGUUUUUUCCUUUCCCUCCCAGCCCCAACCAGUAGACCUAUUACUUCAGCCCUUUGUUUUCUUUGCUGUAGAAAAAGGUUUGGAGAUGUUGUACUUCCUCUCCUCCAAAACCAGGUGGCGUUUAUUGUCAACAAUUGACUGUUAAAUUCAUUAGGGGUUCACGAAGCCAUUCAGUUGCCUCUCUCUUGUUGGGAACCUCUACCUUGCGAGAGUAUUCAUUCCUUCAUUCUCUCUCCAAUCGCCCUUUUUUUGGGGGUGGGGGUUCCCAAUCAGGUCGGGUCUCUUCAAUGCUUGUACUGUCUAGCUUUAUUGCAUCAUCUUACUUAAGCUUCAUCUUGCCCUUUUAUCAUUGCUUAUUUUUGUUUAUUGUAUGUGUUUAUUACAUGAAAUCUGUUUCCUCUACUAAUUAAUGCCCUCUCUUCCCUUGGCUCCUGUAGUUGGGGGCAUAGUCAGUUUUGUGUUGGGCCAUUUACUAACAGUCAUUCCUGCUUAUAAUGGUGCCCUAAUUGUUCAGGGAUUGCUAUGUUUAAUGUCCAUGCCUAACAUGAUGUAAGUUGUAGUGUGGUGUAGACUGGUGUUUUUAGUGUGGUGUAGACUUUUUUUUUUUUAAGUUUUGUAUGUUUGUAGACUAGGGAAAGAACGAUGCCUGUGAUUUUGGAAGUGUGAUGCCUUUCUUUGACUGCCAAACUUGUUUUUUGUUGUUGUUUUUGAAUUAUAUCUUUAUAUAAAUGUUGACUUUUUCUUAUUUCCCAAGUGGUGUUAAGUAUCACAGUAGUAAAUAAAUAUGGCUAACAUGGGAA